AAGUAAAAUAAAUGAAAAUUGCAGAAAUAUUUCAAAUUGGUGAAAAAAAGGAAAAUAUUGAAUUUGUGUUUGAAGCGGAAAACCCCUCUCUCUUUCCAGCUGUGUUUUCCCAACUUUCUUGCACCGAAGCAGCUGCAAACGCGUCUAAAAGAUUCGAAGCGUUUCAUCCGUGGAUUAAGGUGCAUUUCAUUUUUACAGCAGGCGGCCAGUUGUGUUUAGGUUUCAAGUCAUUUCUUCAUUGCUGUGCGUGGUACGCCUUGGGCGAUUGUCAAUCAUACGCAACGUGGUACGUUGUACGAAGCCAAUCAAGUGAACGAUAGCUCGCUUCUGAUAGAUUUGCAUGAAAAUUGCAGUCAACACAGGUAAAUUAUGCAAAUGUUUUGAGCUGCUUUUUUUGGCCCGUUCCACAUUCAGAUUAAGUAUAGUGAUACGUGUGAACGUAUGUACUACUGUGAUAUAUAUAUGUAAUCAGACUCCAUGGCUAUACGACAAUGUCCAAUGUUCGUGAGCUGGCAUUGAUCGAGAAAUGGGCUGACAUUGCAACGCCGCCGACGCCAACUCUGCCAGGUCUAUCGCCAACAUCGCCGCGCACCAUCAUCAAGUUCUGCUGUUGCCCACAGCGCAGGCGCUACACUCUGAAGCAGCCCAAGCUUAAGUCGUCGGCGAACACGCUGCAUGCUAGAAAUAUAUUCGUUGAUAACGAUUUUACAUAUAUUGAUGAUGUGCCACGCGCCAGCCGCAGCAACAACAGCAACAGUAACAGUAGCACCAGCAGUAGCAGCAAGCGACGCCAAGAUUGCGACAGUGAUUACGAUUGCAAUGAUUAUGAUGAUGAGGCAAAUGAUAUCGCUGAGAUCUCUGGGCAAAGCAACAGCGACCACGACGGAAAUGUGGCGCUGAUAUUAAUGAAUCAACGAAUUGUGUCUGAACAAUGGCGGCAGGACUACAAAGGCGACAUCAGCAGCAGCAGCAGCAACAGCAGCAGCAACAAGCGUAGCAGCCAACUAACAGCAGCAACAGCAACAGCAACAACAACAAUUCAAAGUAAAACUUGCGCUGUCACAAACGGCCAGCAGAGUGGCAAUGAGCAGCAACAGCAACAACCAACCCAAAGACUUAGCAAUAGCUUGGAAGAGCAACAGCAACAGCAACAGCAACAGCAACAACAACAGCAACAAUUGCAACUUAGCAAUAAGGAAAAUACACUAAGCAACAAUACAAACAGCAACGGCAACAAUAAGCCGCGCUGUAAUUAUUGUAAAUUACCCGACGACGCCGUGCCCCAAACGAACAACAAAAACAAAAACUCGAAAAUUGAUUCACCGAAGUCGCCGCAGAAUAAAAUGACAAUUACGACAGCAGCAACAACAACGAACGUGGCAGCAACGGCCACGGCUAGCGAGUGUGGGUUGACACUGCCAACAUCAGCAACAGCAACAGCAACAGCAACAGCACCAGCAGAAGAGUUUGUGGGUGCUGCCACAGAAGUGCUGUGCAGCGAUAAAGCAACAUUGACAGCAACAGCAACAACAACACCUAAGCCCAGCAUAGCUGCACGUCCGACCACGCCCAGCCGCCUUAAGACUGUGAUCAAAACAACAAUGGUGAAGCGAAGUCCUAGCCAUGACUCAACGCAGGCGACUGCGACGCAUAUGCUGCAACCGAACAGCUGCAACAUUACCAGCAGCAGCAGCAACAACAACGGCAACGGCAACGACGAGCCCAGACGUUCGGUUAGGGAGCGCAUCGCCGCCUUUGCGGCAGGAAAUGAGCAACCCCACAGUGGAGUCAACGUGGCUCGGCAACAUGACGGCGGCAAGAAAUUUAGUAAAAUUCAGUGCAAUACAAAUCAAAACAACAUGACAAGCGAUGUGAAAAGUGCAAUUAGCAGUGGCAGCCUCGGCCUGAGUACCAGAAGCAGCAACGGCAACAGCAACUGCAACAGUCAGCAGAAACAACAUCAAACGCUUAUCAACGGCAACACAACGCCGCCGGCAAUGGCUACAUCAGCAACAGCAGCAGCCAACACGUCAGUCUCCUGCGCGACUAUCGCAACUGACACGACGCGCUACAAAUCGGGAUUAAGUGAUGUAGCGGCCGACGAGGACGUUGAUGAUGCUGCCACAUCCACAGCCCCAUCCACAUCUAUAGCCACAACCACGGCCACUGAAACUUCAUCUGCCACUCCUGCGCCAGCUGCAAGCGUUUUGAGCACCGGUUGUGCAACUAUGCCGCGCACUCGCCAAUACGGAAGCAAUGCUGCAGGAGCAGCGGCAGCCAACUCCAUGACAGCUGAUAAGAAAUUCUUAAGCCGUGCCUCAUCCGCCGCCAACACUUCAGCAUCGACAGCAGCUGCACCACAGCAACAUCAUAAGCUGCAAUUCACCGAUAAGGCCGAACUCAAAUUGGCCGCAUUGGACAAUCUGGACCUGGCGCACAAACUCGACCUGAUAGACGACGAUGCCGAUGAUCCAUAUGGCGUGCUCCAGGACUAUUUGGAGCGUGUUAAGCUGGAAAUCAACGAGGUCUUUGAGUUACGCAAGGCGCAGCGCUUACAACAGCAACUGCAGGAGCAACUCGAGGCAGUGCGACAGGCAGCAGCAGCAGCCAAGCAGCUUGAUGAAUUGUCGCGUUCUACGGAAUCUGAUAGCGGCUUUGACAGCAGCAGCACAACAGCAACUGCAACAGCAGCAACAGCAACAUCCACCACAGCGGCACUAGCAGGCAACAGCAAACCAGUGACAACUAAACUAAGAGCCCUGCCGCCGCCACCGCUGAGCCCAGGUACAGCCUCCAGUCGUCGGACUGAGACUGAGACACCGCCGCCUGUCGCUGCCCAGCCGGAUGAUGUGAACAUUUGGGCAAACAAAUUUCUACGUGAUUUGGACAAUCUGAUGGGUGGCGAUAAGCUGCCGCCGCAUCUGGCAUCCAUUGCAGGCGCAGGGUCAGAUUCGGCCUCAUCCAGCAGUUCGCCCACGUCCAGGACAGCGCCCAUGUUGCUCUCAGCAGCAGCCAGCGCAGCCCUGCAGAGCCGCUUUGGCAAGAACGCUAUUGUCAGCAACGAACAGCAGCAGCAGCAAAAUGGACUCGUCUUGAAACCGGAGAAGCAUGCAACCAUUCCACUGCAAUCGUUCAACCUUGAUUGCGGACGCAGCGAAGUCGCCGCCAAGCCGAGCAUUGCCUACAUGCGAACACUGUCGGCGCCGGGCGGCCAUGGCACGGCACCAAGAGCUGCGGCGAGUGCGCAGAGCCAGCGCAAGAGUCUGGCGGUGUUCGCAGCUAAUGGACUAGCAGAGCCGUCGACUGCGGCAGCGACGUCAGCAACUCAUAAGCUGACAAAUUUCCAAAGUGCAUUGAAAAUCGAAGAGCGAACGGCGGCAACAGGUGAGGCAGCCGCUACUGCGACCACCAUGGACGAUUUAAAAUCUAGGCGACAGCGUCUAUUCACCGGCUUGGACAUGGAAACGGCUUCCAUGUCCAUGCCAAAACGGGUGGGCAUUAAUCAUGCAGCAGCCGCGACGUCGCCAACGUUGACGAGCAGAAAUGUUAUAACCCCGCCACCAGCAAAGCCAGGAGCAGCCGGCGGGGCAACGGCAACAGCAACAAGUGGAACACAGCUGACCUCUGGGAAAGGCGCCGCCACGCCUGGCUAUCUGGUGGAUGUGACCAAAAAAGGCUCCACCUCAACACUAUGGACUUCGGAGGAGUCCAUACUGCGCAGCGUUGGCGCCGUCGAUGAAGACAACAACUCCACUUCGUCGUCUUCGGCCUGUGAGGAGGCUGCCGGUGUGCUGAGUUCUGGCAAGUCCGGCAUAUCACUCGACUCCUCGGGACUGGACAACGACAACAACGAGAGCGGCAUUGGCACGGCUACGCCGCCCAAAGACAUGUCCUACUGGAAGAGCCACCAUCUGCAGCACCAUCAUUCACAUCAUCACCAUAGGACUGGAGGCAGUGCGCCCGAUAAUGAGUCUGUUAGCAGCCUGGAAGCGUUGCGCAAAAUGAAAUUCCAAAAGAGUGGCUCUGUGGCCUCGUCCGAUGAUCCCGAUCUGCUUGAGGUGCUCAGCCUGUGCGGCAGUGGGGGCGAGGCUGCCAACGAGUCUCAGGACGACAUGCUAGACGAGCAGACAGUCAAACAAUUACCAGCCAAAGCGUCUGCCUCCGAAUAUGACGAGUGCCAGGAUGAGUUCGAGCUGGCGCAGCAUUACUGCGACUGUGACUGCACCGACGGCGAUGCGAGCAGUGCCAGUGGCGGCACUGCCUCGAUAGCCACGCCGGUUGUGCUACGUCGCAAGUACAGUGCUGCGCCGCCCAUUAUGGUGCCGAUGCCCUGCAUGCCCAGACGCAACCAGCGCAGCCUCUCACUGGACCAUCAUCAUCAGCAACAUCAGCUGCUGCUGCAGCCCCGCAAGCUGCUGCCGCGCCACAAUCACAAGGAGCGCGGUCAGUUGUCAUUGGCGCUGCGCCAGGAACCCUUCCAGUCGUUGCUCUCGCCCACGGCCACAACGGUCACGCAUCUACAUCAUUUUGUGGAGCUUCCUUCGCCCAGCAGCGCCUCGUUGCACAGCGACACUGGCGGCAUUCAGGAACUGACCACCAAAUCGAACUCAGCACCGCUGCUGCUCAAGGAGCGUGAGCGGAGUCGUCGCUGCGAUGAUUUUGCCGCACAGCAUUUGACGCUGCGCUAUUCUCGUUCACAGAGUGAUCGCUAUUUAGCAGAAAUCGAAGCCGUGGAAGCUUGUAAAUGGCUGCGGGCAGCAGGCUUUCCGCAAUAUGCGCAGAUGUACGAAGAUCAUCAGUUUCCGAUAGAACUGAACAAUGUAGCCAAAGAUCACACAAAUCUUGAAAACGAUCAGCUGCAGUCGCUCUACAGACGGCUCUGUGUUUUAAAUCGUUGCGCCAAUAUGCGACUGGAUCAGUCACACAAGCCCCAAACGCCACAGCAAAAGGAAGAGUCUGAUGAUGAGAACUUUGCUCUGAGCGAGAACUGGACAUUCCAACCACACAUUCGACGCUGGUCGCGCAUAGGUGAGAUGGGUCUGGAGCUACCACCACCGGGACUUCUGAACCUGGAGAAAACCGAAAGCUCAUCCAAGGAGUCAAGUCCCGAUCGCUUCGAAGACGACAGCUACGAUCUAGGCGGCGCUGGCAUUACCCUCGUGAUUCCAGGCUGCAGCAAGGGCGAUGCCAAUGAUAGCUCCCUGAAUGAGGGCUCAGAUGGAACCGCGCGUCUGCGUCGAACGGGCAGCGAGCGUUUCAAGGACGGAGCUAAGGCAUUUCUGCGGCGAGUGGAGUCGAUUAAGUCGCGACGUCGCAAGCGUCAGAAUCGUGAGAAUGUGGUUAUUAGUGGCCCACAAGUACUGGACCUGGCACAGUUGGGUCAACGCAGCAGUUUGCGCAAACCCGAUGCCGUCUACUCCACGCCCCCUUCGCCAUCCGCAUUAAGUCCAAUGCACACAUUCCCCAAGGUACCAUUCUUUGGCAACGAGCUGAAGGUGCCCAGUCAUAGCGAGAACUUCUUGAGUCCGAAUCGAUCCAGCCCCAAGCGAACACCAACCACGCCGCGUUCAAUGCGCACCAGUCCGCUGCACUUCUUCUCCAGCCCCAUGACACAGCUAAAGGAGGGUAAGUCAGACGACUCUUCCUCCUACUAUAGCGAUAGUCAGGAAUCGUCGACUGGAGGCAAGCUCUCACUUUCCCUGCGGAAGCCCUCCAAAGCCCGUCGAUUUUUGCAGCGCUCCGGCAAGGUGGACGACAUUGGUGCGCACUCAGACUCCGAGUGCCAUCAGGGACGUAAGCUGCUCAUUAAGGAUGCAAAUUCUAAUACCACAGAGGUAAAGAUCAAGAAGCUGACACGUGGUGGCUCGCUUAAUCUGGGCAAAGAUGCCAAGAAACGGGAUGGCUUCCGUUCUUCCUCAUUCCGCUCACGAAGCACAUCCCGUAAAGAGACGAUGAACGAGGAGGAGCAUACUGGCGGCUCCAAGCGUCAGCCAGUUGUGCGCUGGCAUAGUUUCCAGAUGGAGGAACGCCCCAACAUGAUCUUCCGCAAAUGCUUCUCACAAAAGAUCGAGCCACAUGCCCAGCAAGAGGACGCUGGCAUUCCCUUUGCUGCCAUGUCGGCUGGGCAGCUGCAAAUCAUUCGCAAAUUGGCGCUGGUCACUUUGACGGGCUACAUGGAACGCUACUGCCCGUCUCAUCGCUCUGGCUGGAACUGGGAGCUGCCCAAAUUCAUCAAGAAGAUCAAGAUGCCAGACUACAAGGACAAGAAAGUGUUUGGUGUUCCGCUGCUUUUAAUACUACAGCGCAGCGGUCAAACCUUGCCGUUAGCCGUGCGCGCUGCUCUGCGCUGGCUGCAACUCAAUGCCCUUGACCAGGUGGGACUGUUCCGCAAGAGCGGUGGCAAAUCAAGAAUUAUGAAGCUGCGCGAGCAGAUCGAGAUCACUGAUUCGACGGCAGAGUGCAUGGAUGUGUUUGACCUACAGCAGGCCUAUGAUGUGGCCGACAUGCUCAAGCAAUACUUCCGCGAGCUCCCCGAGUCGCUGCUGACCACCAAAAUGUCCGAGACUUUUGUGGCCAUCUUUCAGCAUUUACCCGCUGAUGUGCGUCUGGAUGCCGUUCAAUGCGCCGUGCUUCUGCUGCCGGAUGAGAACCGAGAAAUACUUUAUGUGUUGCUAGAGUUCCUCACCAUUGUGGCUGCCAACUCACAACAGAAUCAAAUGACAAGCAACAAUCUUGGCGUGUGUCUAGCACAGUCCAUAUUCCACUCGUCCAUUUCAACUGGCUCCGCAUCGGUGUCGGCUUCACCGCGGCGCAAAGGCAAGGGCUCCGGAAUGCCGGACAUGAAGGAGUUGGCAGAAGCCAAGGCAUCGCACGAGUGUCUGUCCUUUAUGAUUGAGCAUUACAAGCCAAUCUAUACUGCCGCCAAAGAGAAACUGGGAAAAUGCAACUUUGGCUACAUGGAGGAGUCGAAGCCAGUGCCACUGGAAGCUCUUGGCGAGGGCAUGCAGUUUCACAACUGGCGCGGCUAUCUAUACGAGUGCACAAGCGCCACCAUUAAAGAAGGCCGUGAAAAAACACGUAGCUGGAUUGCAAUAAGUUCACUCAACGACAGCAAUGUGGACAUUGCAUACAAAAAGGUGGGCGAUGGGCAUCCUCUGCGUCUGUGGCGUUGCUCUACAGAGAUUGAGGGUCCGCCGCGGGAGGUGCUGGAGUACAUAAUCAAACAACGCGCCUCCUGGGAUCCAAAUCUAUUGCAAUGCCAAACGGUAAAGAAACUAGAUGAUCGCACCGAAAUCUAUCAGUAUGCUUUGGAUGGUCAGUUGACCACAGACUUCUGUGUGCUGCGUUCCUGGCAAACGGACUUGCCGCGUGGCGCCUGUGUUAUUGUGGAGACCUCGAUCGACCACGCCAAGGCAAAGCCGUUGUUCUGUGCUGUACGAGGUGUCGUCUUGGCUUCCCGUUACCUUAUCGAACCCUGCGGCAGCGGACGUUCCCGAGUCAUGCAUUUGGCGCGCGUGGAUGUCAAGGGCAAGACUCCGGAGUGGUACAACAAGAACUAUGGACACAUCUGCUCGCACUACUUGUCCCGCAUACGUCUCGCUUUUAAGCAUGUUGCCGAUGGACCCGAGAGUAAGGUCUAAUAAGUGCGACAUGCAACUUGUUAUAUCAAAAUCAUAUAACAAACACACAAAUCCCGCAAGAAUUUCGGUAAUCCCAACGAGCAGACAUAUUUUACGACCUAGACCACAUGAGCUUAAGAUAUACUACUCAAAGGAAGUAAAGGAAUAUAUAC